AUACUGAACAGUCGAAUUUCUGCCUUUAUACUGUAAGUUCUGCAAUAAAGUGGGGAUGUCAAGGGUCCCCACACCUCUACCACCUGGAGAGAUGUCCAGUGGGCCUGUAGCUGAAAGCUGGUGUUAUACACAGGUUAAAGUUGUAAAAUUUUCUUAUAUGUGGACCAUUAAUAACUUCAGCUUCUGCAGAGAAGAAAUGGGAGAAGUUUUAAAGAGCUCUACUUUUUCAUCAGGGCCAAACGACAAAAUGAAAUGGUGCCUGAGAGUAAACCCAAAAGGAUUAGAUGAUGAAAGCAAAGAUUACCUUUCAUUGUAUUUACUUCUAGUUAGCUGUCCAAAAAGUGAAGUGAGAGCAAAAUUUAAAUUUUCUCUCUUAAAUGCAAAAAGAGAAGAAACAAAAGCAAUGGAAAGCCAAAGAGCAUAUCGAUUUGUUCAAGGCAAGGAUUGGGGUUUUAAAAAAUUCAUUCGGAGAGAUUUUUUACUUGAUGAAGCAAAUGGUCUUUUACCAGAUGAUAAGCUUACAUUAUUUUGUGAGGUAAGUGUAGUACAGGAUUCUGUAAAUAUAUCGGGACAGUCAAGUACAAAUAUGUUAAAGGUACCAGAAUGCCGACUCGCUGAAGAUCUAGGAAAUCUCUGGGAGACAACAAGAUUUACAGACUGCAGUUUUUAUGUAGGAGGACAAGAAUUCAAAGCUCAUAAAUCUGUCCUUUCAGCUCGUUCACCAGUUUUUAAUGCAAUGUUUGAACAUGAAAUGGAGGAAAGCAAAAAGAAUCGCGUAGAAAUAAAUGAUGUAGACCCUGAGGUUUUUAAAGAAAUGAUGAGAUUCAUUUAUACAGGGAAAGCACCAAACCUUGACAAAAUGGCUGACAACUUGUUGGCAGCAGCAGACAAAUAUGCACUGGAACGGCUAAAGGUCAUGUGUGAAGAAGCUCUGUGUAGUAACCUCUCGGUAGAAAAUGUCGCAGACAUUCUUAUCCUUGCUGAUUUGCACAGUGCAGAACAGUUGAAAGCACAAGCAAUAGACUUCAUUAACAGGUGCAGUGUUCUUAGGCAACUUGGUUGUAAAGAUGGGAAAAACUGGAACAGCAACCAAGCAACAGACAUAAUGGAGACGGCAGGCUGGAAGUCAAUGAUCCACUCCCACCCCCACUUAGUCGCUGAGGCCUUUCGAGCGCUAGCAUCGGCACAGUGUCCACAGUUUGGUAUUCCACGCAAACGACUAAAACAGUCAUGAAAUCUUCCAUGGACUUUAGCGAGCUCCUCCUCCAUGUCCAGAGGAGUCUUCUCAAACCAUCAGCCAGAAUUUGUUAUCCCUGUCCACAGAACAUAAUCUGGAAGCUUUUAAGAAUGGAUAAUAUAUGGCUUAAUAAUCAGCUUUAAAUUAGACUGAUAAUUCUCCAGUUCACUGAAAGGCCUUAAAUUCAACGACUCUAGUUCAUGCAUUUUUGUUUUGUUUUUAAAACUGUGCCUCGUCUUUUUGACUGGGCCACGUGGGAUUGCACUAGCUCCAUAAUGCAGUAAUGUUGAUAAAUGAAGACCGUUCUUGAAAGGGAUCUUCCUCUUCUCCAUCUUCCCCCUCCCCCAAGGGUAUCAUUUGGUCUUGUGGUAACUGGAAGUUUUUAACUAGACUCUCAUGAAAAGCACUUGAGUUGGGGGGCAGCAAGCACUCCAGUCCAAGUACUGUAUUUGGGGUGCUUCAGAGGGUGCUAUCAGGCAUGCUGUGGCAAUACACUAUUCUGAAUAUAAUUUAUUUUUCAUUGGUUCAGGUGAGUGAGGGAAAUAUGCAAUGUCUUGGCCCAGAAAUGUAUUUUACUAAGAGUUUGUAAACGCUUACUGUGUGAGUGUGUCCAUCAUACGUUAAAAGAAACACACAGUAACCUUUUUGGCCUGUGUUUCUUUGGGAUCCAUUGCUGUUUUACUGAACCAGAGUGAAAGUUAGCAUUUUGAUAUGGAAAGUAAUUAAAUGACACAUGCAAGGGGGAGAAAUGCUUCCCCCCCCCCAAUGGAAUAUGUUGAAGAUCAAGGAUGCAUAAGAAUGACCAAAUGUAAAUUUCAGAAAUGGGCCAAAUUAUGGAUUCUCAGUAUGCACUUUUAAUGUGUAACUUUUGUAUGUUGUGUGGUACAUAUAUAUUUUGGUUUUGAUAAAUAUGGUACAGUAAUUGUGGCCUAACUUUUGAAAUACAUUAAGAUACCCAUAGCCACAUGGGAUUUAGUUUUGUUACUGCAAACAAGGAAAGCAUGACUUUAGAGAUGUUGAUUCAAAGUGACUAUCUCAAGUGUUCACAUCAGAAUCCAUUCUAUUUUCACACUUCGGACAGGUUUAGCUUUAUUUCCUUAGUGUGUGUAUGCACAAGCCUGUUCACACUGGUGGAAGUUGCACAGACACACACACUUAGCAGGAAGGAUAGAGGUCUGAAAUGUAUUUGUAAGCACUGACUUGUUCUUUCUAGCAUUUGUUGUUGUACUAGCAUUGUGGAUGGUAUUGAAAUUCUGCAUAAUGUGAAAAAGCAUAUAACAGCCUGUAAACUGCUUGUAAUGGGCCAGUUUUGUAUGAUAUGAACCUUAGCUUUAAUGCCACCACUUCCAGUGUUUUUGCUAGCUUGUUUACAAUUGGGAGGGAUUUUUUUCUGCAACAAUGCACAUUCUAAAUGUUUCUUCAGUUAUUACAUUGAAUUUACUUUAAUGAUAGUGAUGUGCUAUAUUUGUAGCUCAGUCAAAGUUGCAGUAAACUUCAUGCAAGUGGUAUUUUUUGGAAUGUUACAACUGAAGAUUUUAGAUGGCCCAUUCAACUUGCUCAGUUACGGUUUAUUGCCUUUUCCAAAGGGGUGUCCUUCCUAUUUUCAGGAGUGAAGCACUGAAUGUUCUGGAGUAUGUGUGUUCUUGAAUUAUGGGUUCUAGUGCACAUUUAAAGUACAAUUGGGGGCAAGUAAAAGGCCAAAUGCAAAACUUUGAACUGAAUUUCUUCAGGCACAAUUAAAGGGCCAUUUCAUUUGUGCUCCUGGUGAUUUUCAGUGCCUACACUUCAUUCAAUGAGGUACAAAGUGAUACAGUGACAUCCUAUGUGAAGAUGCAUGGUCGCUUUUGAAGUUUUGGGGGAGUUUUCUCUGUCUAAAUUAAGGUCUUGUAAGUGUUCUUAUAGUGAGACACAAGGAUGCCUAUCCCUCUGUAAUGGAGAAACUCAUGCCGCUGUGUAACUAAUAAUAAUAAUGACCAAUUCCGCAUCUUGGAAAUCACAGCUAAAAUAUAUGAAGUGACUUGAAUAUUUAAUACUACAAUUGUCCAUUUCAGCUUAUUCAAAUAUUACUGGAUACAGCAAUCAAAUGAAAAAUCUUAAGUGUUUUGAAAGGUUUUUAAAAGCUUAAUAGCAACAUUUUGUACCAAAAAUAUCAAACACUGUGCUGUAAGAUUAUCUACAUUUCUCUAAAUGUCUACUUUUCAAAAUAAUGCAUACCAUACAUUACACAGUCCGUCAUGACAGUUGAUCUACUGUUUUGUUAUGUGUGUGUUGGCUGUGUAUGUAUAACAAAUGUUGUAUUAAGUGGGUGUACUAAUCUGCCUCGUUUUCUUCAGUAAACCACAUACAGUGUUCUUACUCUUCCAAAAGAGCUGGCAAGAACAAUUUUCUUAGUUACUGCAGCUUGUAUUUACUAUAGUCCCCUAAAAACACAUUGUAAGUUCAAAGUAGUGCAGGAGAAAAGUCAGUUUUAAAAGAAGAAAGUAAGUAUUUUCAGGUUGAAAACUAAAAAUCUUGACAAGGUAGGCAUAAAUCCCUUUAGCAGGAUUUUCAGUACAAUUAACCAAGUGCCAUGUUUGGCUUGCCAACUCCGUCCCUUCAGCACCCAUCAGCCAUUGCCACUGGAAAUCUCCCCCCCCCCCCAGGGGAGCACCCUGCAUGUGUUGUAUGUGUGGUGUGUGGGUUUUAAACAAAAAUUAUUUUCAAAAAAUAGAAUUUGGUGUGCAGUUUAAGAGUAUCACGAGGUUCCACUUAAAUGACUUCAUAGAUAGUGUUUUCAAAUGAAGGAAACUUCAGUAAUGCAUCCAGACUUGACAGUCCAUUUACUGCAUGCUGAAGUAUGAAUUCAUAGUGCCUUUUCCCAAAUGUAAGAGAAUAGGAUGCAAAUUUUUGAAAUGUAGGAAAGCUAGAGAGCAGUUCUGAUAUUUAGUUUCUCUGCAGAAAAUUGUUGCAGGCAUUCCUCAUGUUGAAUGGGCUGAAUGUUGACUGUGGCUGUUAACACAGAAGUUUUUUGAUGGCUCCAGUAUUUAAAUGUGGAAUGGCCAUAAGGCCUUGAUGACUUUUGCCUUCAGAGAGAGUAAUAUAGGACAUGGUCUGCAUGCUCUUUGAUUUUCUCCUUAAGCCCCCUUACAAAGAGAGCAUGCUCUCAAGCUCAAGGCUACGUUUUUGUGGUAGUAAGUUUUCUGUAGAAACGUUAAGUAGCUGGGAAUGUUUUGUUUUAGAUCAUAGGGUAUGACUUGUUAAAAUGAUUGAAGUUUACCCCAAGAUUAAUUUUUAUUGGGAGAAAGAUUGGAUUUUUGUAACACUUCCUACAAACUGGUAGCCUGUUGGUUUAUUCCACAACAAAAUGCAUUGGUUUGCUUGCUUUCUGCUUGCAGCAAAUGGACUUCCACGAAAUGGCAAUUCAUUAUUUUUGUUAGUGUGUGCUGUGGUUUUAGUUAAUCAUACUCUGUAAUCUAGUUAAUCCUGGAUUUUGAUAUGUCAAAAUGAAGGUUAAUUGAUGAGUCCUGUUUUGGAAUCUAAACAUUGGAAGAACUUAAACCCGGUCUUUGUUCCAAGUUACUCAUAUUACCUAUCAUGUUAAACACUUGCAUCAAACCAUCCAGCCUUUUAUAUCCGCCUGAUGUUAACAGUG